CCUGUUUAUUCUGUUUCAAAUCCCCAUGGAAAUACAGAACAUAGCGUACAUUGAUCUUCAAAGGAGCUUCCUGUUACAGUCCAAUCCAGAUCCAAGAUCUAGAAUGCACGGGAUCAUGAAAGCAGUAAGGUCAUGGCAAGAGACGUUAAAGAAGAUCACGAUCACACAGCACUCUUAUAGAAGAGAAACAAAUAAAGUGGAAAAGAUUUUGGAAGGAUCGGAAUUAGGAGGUGAUCCGUCUUCUCCGCUGAAAGGUUUGAAGAAUAUUACAGUAGCGGAGAUCGUUUCGAGAAGGGGAGAUGGAAGUAUUGGCUCCUCUUGGUUAACCUGUAAGGCAGAGGAUACCGCCAUCGAUGCCGUGCAAAAUAUGGCUAGAAAUAACAUUGGAUCUUUGGUGGUGUUGAAGUCUGAAGGAGAACACAUUGCUGGAAUCGUCACAGAACAAGACUACCUGAAGAAAAUAAUAGCAGAUGGGAGAUCUCCCAUAUACACAAAAGUUGGAGAAAUAAUGACUAGAGAGGACAAACUAGUAACUGUAACGUCUGAUACGAACAUCCUUAAAGCAGUGCAGCUUAUGACAGAGAAUCGCAUAAGACAUGUUCCUGUUAUAGAUGGCAAACUAGUUGGAAUGAUUUCUAUAGUAGAUGUAGUCAGAGCACUGGUAGAGCAGCAAAACGGGGAACUCAAGCGACUAAACGAAUACAUAAAAGGGGAAUAUUAUUAAAACUCGAAUUCUAUGAAUUGGAGAAAACGGGAUUCGUGUAACAGAAAGCAUGCUUUAUUGAGAGAUAGCCUGAGAAUGGAUACCAUGUAAGCCAAGCAAGGAAAAAGAUUUAGAAGAACCUGUUAUUAAAGCAUGUUGUGAAAUCCUUAUAUUUUCUUUGCUUUUUUUUUUUUUAACAUAUGCAUGUUUGUGUGUGUGUGUAUAUAUAUGCAAGUAUUGGAACCAAUUUGCACCCAACCCGGAGCCAAGGAAACUGGCAGGAGGUAGGUAGAACUACCAUGGACUGAAUCCAUUCUCCUUUAGGCCCUUUGUUAUAUCUAUGACCCUUAUUGACUACUAGGUCAAUCAAUGAUAGUUUUUUUUUCAUGCAUAUCUUACAAACCAAGGCAUGGAGAGGGAAAAAAAUCUACCUUCUAGAUUGGAACACAAAAUAGCAUGGUUAAGUUAAAACUAGAGAUGGG